AUGGUUCCCGUACUGUCAACCUAUCUAUGGGACGCAGCGGCAGAGAGACCAGCGAUGAUGAUGUUUACAAUAAUGGCCAACACUCUCUUAGUGCUGCUAUCAUUCACGCCACUGUUGCUGCACUUCUUAGUGAAACGUUUUCCUGUCAAUAUCUACUACAAUCAUGACACCAAGACCUUCACUUCUGUGCACUAUAACUUCUUCUUGAAAAAGAUGGCAAGGCAAUUCAAGGCAGACGAUGUGGUGGACGCGCAGGUUGCUCCAGAAAUGAAUAAGGUAUUUUUACAUUCAUUAUGCCUCCCUCCUCUGCUUAUAAGAGAUGCUCUGUUUCCCCCUAUCAUUGCCUUCUCUUUUAUUUGAAU